GGUUGUGUGCGCGCUAUGCAGGUACAGGGUUCGUCUCGUGAUCGAGUUGCCGAGCUGCCGUGCGAGAAGGACGGAGCAGCCACGCAAGCGCUGGCAGGCCGACUGCUUGUCGACCGACCCCGAAGUCGUCGCAUCUGCACAUCGCUUUCAAGAUACUGCGUGCACCGCUGCGCAAACUACGCAGUUGCUACCAGAGCCAACGGGACCAAGUCAGACGCCAGCCCUGGCUUUGUACGCCUCAAGGAGACCGCAAACGACACUAUGUUGGUGACGGCGGCCUUGCUCGCUCUCGUAUCGACGGCUACAAUUUUCAUGCUCAUAUGGCGGCGGCGUCACUUUUCCUAUUUCGAGAAACUCGGCAUACCCGGCCCGAAGCCAAACCUCAUUUGGGGUAACAUACGAGAAUACCAUUCAAUGCCACACUAUAAGGUCCUGGAGAAAUGGUUCCGACAGUAUGGCGACGUUUUCGGGUUCUACAAUGGUGACGUGCCAUUUGUGGUGCUGAAAGACCUUGACUUCGCGGAGUACAUCGGCGUCCGAAACUUCCAGAAUUUCAUGGACCGUAGUAUCAAUAUGCCCACGGACUCGAAGCAUCCAAUCUUGGGCCGAUCCGUAAUGCACGAAAGAGCACCUCGCUGGAAAAGCAUCCGAGGUUCCGUGGCCUACGGUUUCUCCACAGCGAAGCUCAAGCUUCUGAUGCCCAGUAUUAAGGAAAAGGCCGACAUGUUUUUGAAGUUAUUGGACGAGCACGCUGAUUCCGGCGAAGAAGUGAACAUGACGCCGAAAUACGAGGAACUCGCGAUGGAGUACGUCACUCGAGGUCUGUUCGGGCUCGACGAGCGCUUCUUCGGGAAGCCCGAUCACCCUCUCAUAGCCGUCGCCAAGGCAGCAUUCAGGGGAGUUAUGACUGGAAGCCUGCACGUGAUCGCACAGAGCACAACGAUGUUCGGCUCACUUAUGAAGCCUUUCUACUUCCUCACGCACGCUGCUGGAGAAUUCACCUUUCAGACGCUAUCGGACGAAACGGAGAAAAUAGUGAACAUCAGAAGAAAAAACCCUGCGUAUAGAAGACCAGACAUGCUGCAAAACCUUCUAGAAGCGGAAUACACUGAAGAACCGAAUGGUCUCUCAAGCACAGCCAAGCCAAACGGUGAUAACAAGACACGGCCGCUGACUGUGCAAGAAGUGGUUGUCAAUGCUGCUACGUUAUUCGUUUCAGGGUUUGAAACAAUGGCUACAUCUCUAAGCUACUUGACGUUUGCAUUGGCAAAGCACCCGGACAUUCAGGAGAAAGUCAGGAAGGAAGCUUCCGAUGCUCUUUCUGCUUCGGGGUCACUGGAUUACGAGCUCGUAACGAGAAGAUUGAAGUAUCUCGGUCAAGUAAUCGAUGAAACGUUGCGCCGGUAUCCACCGGCUACCACGUCCAUCACGAGGCAAGCGAAAGAGGACUUUGUCUACAACGGCACCAAAUUCAAAGCAGGAACAUGCUUCAUGAUUCCAGCGUAUCAUCUUCACAUGGAACCACGUUUCUGGCUCAAUCCUGAAGAACUUGAUCCAGAAAGAUUCUCCCCGGAGAAUUCGCCCGCGCUAAAGAAAAGCGCGCACGUGCCUUUCGGAAUCGGACCUCGCAACUGUGUCGGCAUGAGGAUGGCGCUCCUCCAGCUCAAGUACACCGUCGCCAGGCUUGUGCUGAAGUAUCGAUUCGAGCUGGGCGCUUCGCAAGAGGGUACCAUGGAUAUAGAAGAAUAUUGUUUUCUGUCUGCGCCCACUAGAGGCCCGUGGAUUGUGUUUCACAGGUUGUAACGCACUGUAUCGACAAACCAUCUCAGUGUUGUUAAGGCCAUCCCUACCAGCGUCAGUUCAUUAUCAACCCAGUUGACAAACCUGUGUGCAUGUAAGGACAACAUUAUAGAUGGGCAAAUUCCAGAUUGCAAAUGGGACAAUAUGGCGGAAUUCGGCAAUGUCCAGAAUACGACUCCUGAUUUUAAAUUAUACAUUUGCUGUCAAUGAACACGUUACCAAAAGUUUUCUAAAGCUUUUUUUUUGUAGUCAGUGUUCUGAAUAUGUUUCUUGCUUAUGUUAUUUGUUUACCAUUGUUAGAACAAACGUGUAUAAUCUGCUUUGUUGAUAGCUGUCAAGGGAUCAGGGAGAUGGGGCACAUCAAGGCGCUUCAUCUGCAGAUUUUUCCUCGCCUUGCUCAUCGCAAACCGUGCACUGUACAUUUGCGAGAAAUAAAGCAUAAUCAAAGUAAAAUUCAAUAAGCCCACAAACCAUUGACACCGUGUGAAAGCGAUGCACUACGCAAAGUGGAGCGCCCUCGCGGCGCCACCUGUUGGAGCGCACCGCACUUCUCACGGGGUCCAAUGCGCCGGCAAUCUCAGAGGCGAAGCCGCCCCUACGCCCUACGACGCCAUAAGCAGCGUUUAUUGCGAACCUAGAGCUCCUCUUAAUCCCAGAGGUCAUACUUCUCUACGGGCCUCCGAGACCUGCAGCUGCCAUUUCGGAGGCCGCACUUCUGUUGGCGUUGUACCGGGAUGAUGCGGCAGAUGGCGCAACUGAG